AUUGAUUUCUGAUAAUGUUUUAGUUUAUUUCAAGUUAUAAGUCUUAUUUCUGAAUUCAGUAUUUAUUACAUUUGCUGUCCUAUCCCUUCAGAUUUAGGAUUAGGGUUAGUGUAUAUUAAGGUAGAAGGCAAGGGUGUGUGUGUGUGUAUGUGUGCGUGUGUGUGUGUGUAUUCAGUCUUCUAGACCCCUCAUACCACAGACCACAGUGGACCAGCAGAGAACCAGCAGCAUUUUUCCUUCCAGCUUCACAGACUAUUUCCAGAAUGAAGCUGUUUUUGUCCAUCACUUUCCUCUGUUGCCUCUGUGCCUCAUUUCACUUCACAGAGGCCAGAGUCAUCCCAGAAGGAGUGCCGUACGACCAACCACCAGCUGUCCCCUACUGGCCCUACUCCACCUCUGACUUUUGGAACUACAUUGAGUACUUCAGGUCCAUCGGUGCCUACAAACAUAUUGAUGAGAUGGCCAGGGCUUUCUUUGCCCACCAGCACAUUGGAGACACACUGGGAUAUGAGACCAACGAAGGACAUGAGCACUGAAGAAGAAGAAGAAGCCCAGACAGUGAAAUGUGAAAGCCUUUUACAUCUAAAAUACAAAGAAAUACAUGGAGACAAUGCAUCAUUAGUGAAGUAGGUCAAAUAAUGAAAUACAAAUAUUGUUACAAAAUAAUAAAAUAUUAAAUGCAAUACAAAAUAUGUGUUACUGUAGCCUGUAUUUAGAGUUCAGAGGUGAAAGAAAACGUAGAAGUAGGAUUUUUGUACACCGUCCUGUUGUAUCCCUUCAUGUACUAACAUGAGACAAAUAAACUACGUGUUAUUUCUACUAAA